UAUACAUAUACAUAUACAUAUACAUAUACACCCACACACACACAUAUAUAAACAUAGGAUAUAUAUAUAUGUAUGCGUGUAUGUUUGUUUGUUCGUUUGUUUUCGUGUGUGAGUUGAUUUUGUGUAUACAUAUAUAGCUCUAUAUGCAUAUUUCUUUUUGUCCAUGAAUUCGUACCUUUUUGCAAUGAUGUAGCAUUAAGACGGUUCGCUUCGUUUUAUUGUGCAAUUUUGGUAAAUGGGUACGGGUUCUACUCUAUGGUUUGUGCUACCGGGAAGCUAAUAUUUCUGGUAGAAAUUUGUAAAAUAAAAAUGCGUACUAUCAAGGAAACAGUAGUGUAUGCGGUUAUACUUGGGAUCUGUGAUAAUUUUGAGCCAUGACAUUUGUCGAGACUCUCCUUUGUCCGUUGUGAUCAGGAGUGCCAAUUUUAAUUCUAGUAAAACAGAACAACGUCUGUAUACCUAGUCGGACAUAUUACAGGGUUGUGGAAUUGUGUGUAGGCAGGAUUUCAAGGUGACAUUGUUCAUUCUAACAAUUUUUUUCUCGUUUUUAUUUCGUUCUGCAGUUUGUUUCAUCCUCAACCACACCUCAUUCCUGGAUAGUGUGAUAUACGUUGCCACAACACCUCCGCACAUCAUCUAUAGGAACAAAACGCUGAUGAUGGCCAGUUUGUUUCGAGUCCCAAUUCUAGGCCGCAUAAGCUCAUGGGUCGGGCAUUUCCCGGUUCACUUCAAAGCGGGCGAUUCGGAUGUGGUCGAUAGGGGGCUACAAGGAGUUGUGAUGGAACAGGUCCAUGAAUACGUUGAGAGCGGCGGUGGGCUUUGUUUCUAUCCUGAAGGAGGGAUCAACAAAUCACCGUACACGAUGCGUAACUGGAGGCGCGGCGCCUUACGCGUGGCAGAAAGGCACGGUAUG